AUGCCCACUGUGGGUGGAGCCCCGGUCGAACUCAAUGUCUACGAUCUUCAGCACCCCGACAAUCCGGACGCCGUGCCCACCAUUAACUGGUAUCUCUACGGCGUCGGCAUGGGGCUUUAUCACUCGGGCGUCUCCAUUUACGGCACUGAGUAUUGCUACGGCGGACACGCGGAUGACGACACAGGCGUCUUUGAGGUCGUCCCGCGGAAGGCCCCCGAUGCGAAGUUUAGGCAGACAGUCUUUGUAGGGAGGACCAGUCUUAACCCGCAGCAGGUGUCAGAGCUUGUCAAGGCCAUGGCCCACGUGUGGAGUGGCAACUCGUAUAACUUAUUAACGAGGUAA